CACGUUAAUGACGGCAGCGUGUUGGGACGGGACCUAGACCCUUUCACACAUCCUGUAAAUCUCGUGUUAAAUAACAUUUUCUCCCCCUCCACAUAGACUUUUUCACGCCGGAUUCUAAUAAUGUCUGUGGGUGGAACUCAGGGGCUGCCGACAUGGGAGAGAAAAGUGCGCAUAUUUCUGUGCGUCUUCGGUUUUGUUUUGUCUAUUUACGCUCUUCACGUCGAAUUAUCCAAAGAAAGAAACCCGGAGUACAGAGCAAUGUGCGACCUGGGGGAGUCUGUGAGCUGCUCCAAAGUUUUUACCUCCAGAUGGGGACGUGGUUUUGGUUUGGUCCAGUUCUUUGUUGGCAAAGAUAGCCCCCUGAACCAGCCCAACAGCGUGCUUGGCAUCAUAUUUUAUACUCUGCAACUAGGCCUGGGAUUGUCGCUGUCUAAGAAAGCUGCAGUGUUUCUGGUCCUCUCCUCCUGGGUGUCUGUAGCCGGCUCACUGUAUCUCGCAUCUAUUCUCGCCUUUGUUCUGGGGGAUUUCUGCAUGGUUUGCGUGUCAACAUAUAUUAUCAACUUUGCAUUGCUCUUCACUAACCUGAAGAGACGAGGAGCAAUAGAAGGGAUGAAGGAAAAGGCUGCAUAGGACGUGUUACUUGUGAAAUUCAACAGUAUCUUCUUGUAUUUUUUUUCUCUUGACCCAAAGCCACACUGGAUCUGAAGAGCCAGUUCUCGCCCACAGUGUUUUUGCAGUGUUUACAGCUGCUGAGACAGAAAAAUAGGACUGCAUAUAGAGAGUCUUAAGCAGUCUUCUGUGCAUUUGUGAAGAUGAUUAUCCAUAUUUGAACGCUACCUCUCAUUGCAUACUAUUAAAAAGAAAUGAAAGAGGAUCUGAAUUUAGGUUAGGAAUAGGCAGAGCAGAACAUUACCAUGCAAUUGUUCAAAGUAACCACCAGAGGGAGCUAAAUGCAUAGUAUUUAUAAGUGGUGGUGUGAAUUUUAACCUUAGUCAUCUGAGGGUUUGUUUUAGAUGCAGGUUUGCGAAAAGGUACUGGAUCAUUUCAUUGUCGGAUCAUAUCAGUACAUUCUGACCUGUGUCAUUCAUACAUUGCCAGUUUUAUUUUGUAAGCAUCAGAUGGAAAAGUGUUACAGGAAAUAUGAAGUGAUGCAAAGUAUACACAAAGAAAAUGUACCAGCAAUAGGUUCACAUUGAGAAUGAAUGGUUACUGUUUUAUGAUUUUAAGACUCUACAGGACAACAUGUAGUGUCUGGUUGGUCCUUGUCUAACCAGAGUUACUUAUCACAUACAUGAAAUGAUGUGUGAAAUAAACAAAAACCCACUUUGUAACUUACAGAGCAUGGAAGUGUCUUCAAAUCCAUUGCUGUUCAGAUUAAAAAAAAAAAAAAAGCUAAAUAAUAAAGUCAUAUGAUA